AUGAGUUCCUACAUCAAACAAGAACCAUCUGAGCCAUCAGAAAUGUUUCUGAAAAAGAAGAUUCACAGCCGAGAAACAACUCCACUGAUAACUAGCAGCAGCGAAUAUUCCGGCCACAGUUCCGACGAAGAUGAAUCCGACGUGGAACUUAACCAUCCGAAGAAGAAGAAGCAUAGAUACGACGCGAUUCUGCCGGUUGGAUUUCUCGACCCCAUCCGACCAGACGAACCGGUUGUGGUUUCUCAGAGACCAACCGCCGCGCCGCCAGUUGCCGCCGGCGACGGCGGCGGCGGGGCUUCCAGUUAUGCUAUGGUUCCGGUGAAAGAAGAGAUUCCGGUUGAUCCAGAGAAGGCGGUGGUUACUACUUUGGCUGUGGUGCGUAGCUGUAAGCAGUUUUGGAGAGCCGGCGAUUAUGAAGAAUCCGGCGGCGGCAGCAGCGGCGGCGAUGUUUCCGUUGCUGACAUGGAUCACGUAAGGGUUCAUCCUAGAUUCUUGCAUUCAAAUGCUACCAGCCAUAAAUGGGCUUUGGGAGCAUUUGCUGAGCUUCUAGACAAUGCUUUGGAUGAGGUGUGUAAUGGAGCUACAUAUGUCAAUGUUGAUAUGGUUGUGAAAGACAAUAAUAAGAUGUUGGUAGUUCAAGAUAACGGCGGCGGCAUGACCCCGGAUAAGAUGCGUCAGUGCAUGUCGCUCGGGUAUUCCGCAAAGAGCAAGAUGGCUAACACAAUCGGUCAAUAUGGAAAUGGAUUCAAGACCAGCAGCAUGAGGCUCGGUGCAGACGUGAUCGUGUUCUCCCGCUGUAAGGGGCAAUACGGACAAAGCACAACGCAAAGCAUUGGACUGCUUUCGUUUACGUUCUUGCAGAAGACCGGCAAGGAGGAUAUAAUCGUCCCCAUUGUUGAUUACGAGAAAACGGGAGAAACUCGUUGGAGUAGGCGUUUGAAGUCAUCAAACGAGUGUUGGGAAAGAAAUCUCGAAACCGUAGUGCAAUGGUCACCAUACGAAAGCGAAGACGAACUCGUCGGGCAGUUCAAUUUCUUGGAAGAUCAAGGAACACGUAUCGUGAUCUAUAAUCUUUGGGAGGAUGAUCAAGGACUACUAGAACUCGAUUUCGAAGCCGAUCAAAAUGACAUUCAAACAAGAGGCGGCAACCGAGAAGACAAGAAGCUAAUGGAUACGGCAAACGAUCACCCGAGCGCUAGAAAAUUUCUUACGUACCGACACUCGUUGAGGAGCUACGUCUCGAUUCUGUACCGUAGGAUACCACCUGGUUUCUCCAUCGUCUUACGAGGAAAGGAAGUUGAAAAUCACGACCUAGUCAACGAUAUGAUUCAUCCUCAGAAGAAUGUUUACAAGCCAGCAGCUUCUGCUGCAUCAAAAGAUCCUAAUAUGUCCGCAGCGGUAACACUUGGAUUUAUUAAAGACGCACGCCAUCAUAUCGACGUUCAAGGAUUCAACGUGUAUCAUAAGAACAGGCUUAUUAGGCCGUUUUGGAGGCUAUGGAACGCCGCCGGAAGUGAUGGUCGAGGAGUAAUCGGUGUUUUGGAAGCUAAUUUUGUGGAACCGGCACACGAUAAACAAGGAUUCGAGCGCACGACUGCGCUUUCAAGACUCGAGGCUAAACUUAUACAAUUGCAGAAGACUUAUUGGUCUGAAAAGUGCCAUCUAAUUGGCUAUGCUAAACGACGUAACUCAAAGAAGUCCGUUUCCCCGGAGAAACAAGAAGCAUCGCCACCUAGUGAUAACAAUAAUACGGCAUUUACUCCAAAAUCGAACACCAAAAAGGCACAUAAACCAUCACCUAUAAAUCACAAAGCCUCGUUUGCUUCUCCGUUACGAGCGGUGCCUCAAUCGACAUUUCCUCCGCAAGAAGCUUCUGCUUCAAAUAUGAUUGUCAAGGUGGAAGAUAUCAACAAAUACGGACCUACGACGCAGUUUCCCUCACUUACGAAUAUGGUUGUUAAGCUGAUAGACGAUAAUCGAAACUUGAGAAACCGUUUGACGGACACACUGCAUGAACUACACUAUGAAGAAGACAAGAACAAGUCCCUCACAACUCAGCUUCAAGAUGCGACGGAAAUGAUGCAACAAAUGGAUCGAGAACAAGAAACAUUUGUUAGUUCGUUCGCGGAAGAAAGAAACCGACGAGAACAGGAAGAACAAAAUCUGAGAAGAAAAUUAAGGGAGGCUUGUGAAACUAUUGAAGGAUUGGUUAGGAAAGUUCGGACAUUGGAGGCUCGCUUGCGUUGAGAAUCGAGAUUAGAUACAAAAUAUUCAGAAUAUGUAAUGAAUUUAUGUAAAUUGAUUAGAUCUUCAUGGAUGGUUUCUCAUAGUAGUUAAUUUUUAAUUUGAAUUAUUCAUUAGUUACUUUGUAAUUGAUUGCAAACAUAUGUGCAGUUAACUUAAUUCAAAUGCAGACAAAUUGAGUUUUUGCCUAGUAAUCAAGAGCCUCUUCCAUAAGUAGUGUUUG